AUGGCUACGAAUACAACCAUGGUCUCUGGCCUCCCUCCUUUUCCGGCCUAUACUCUUUCUCCGCGUCCCUCUCUCGUUGAUGGCAUUCCGGACAAUAUCCUCGCCCUAAUUCUGCCGGUUGUUGCCUACUGGGCCGUAUCUAUGUUUUUCCAUGUCAUCGAUGUUUACGAUCUAUUCCCGCAAUACCGUCUGCAUACUCCGGCCGAAGUUCUGACAAGAAACCGCGCAUCUCGAUGGGAUGUCGUGAGAGAUGUCGUCUUGCAGCAGGUGGUUCAAACAAUCGCGGGCCUUAUCAUGGCAUAUUUUGACGGCGAGGAAUAUACCGGCAGGGAAGAAUAUGACGUUGCUGUUUGGGCGCGCCGGAUUCGCGUUGUGCAGAGAGGCUUUCCUUACUUGCUGACGUUAUUCGGACUGGAUGCCUCCGGUGUGGCUGCGAGCCUCUCUCAGAGCGGACACAAGAUGCUUGCUGGAGCUAUCGCGGGUGGGCGUUACCCUGAAGCUACCCAGUCAAUUACCUCUGCAAAUGGAAUUGAAACAAUGGUGCCCGCUUUUACCAGCUGGGAAUUGUCUCUAGCGUCUUUUAUCUACUGGUAUUUCAUUCCGGCGCUGCAGUUUACCUGGGGUAUCUGUGUCGUGGACACAUGGCAGUACUUCCUUCACCGUGCAAUGCAUCUAAACCGUUGGCUUUAUGUCCAGUUCCACUCGCGUCACCACCGCCUAUACGUUCCUUACGCCUAUGGUGCUCUCUACAACCAUCCUGUAGAGGGUCUUCUCUUGGACACCGUUGGAGCUGGAAUUGGUUUCCUGACUUCCGGCAUGACCCAUCGCCAGAGCAUGUGGUUUUUCACCUUCUCCACCAUCAAAACUGUCGAUGAUCACUGUGGCUACGCUUUCCCUUGGGAUCCCCUCCAGCAUGCCACCUCGAACAACGCUGCCUACCAUGAUAUCCACCACCAAAGCUGGGGUAUCAAGACGAACUUCUCUCAACCGUUCUUCACGUUCUGGGAUCGCCUCUUCAACACUCAAUGGAAGGGCGAGGUAAAGCUCCGCUAUGAACGAUCUCGGGAAGCUGCCGAGAAGAAGCUUGGCGAGGGUGCAGCGCAACCAGAGUCAUCGGAUGCGGAGAACAGUUCAUCGGAUUUUUCCCAGCCCAGCCGAGAUGCUGCGAUUGUGUCGCCCGAGGAACCUACUGAUCGGGAUGCACGAACCCGAUUACGCAAGAAGACUGCCAGCUUCUCGCCGAGCGUUGAUUCGCUGAAGGGCGUUAACCACGGCGUGCCCAGCAGUGUCCUCUAA